AAAGAACAAGUAGCUUAGGAUGUGAUGCUUAAGUUUCUUCUACGCAUGCUAAGUUAGAGUAUGCAGCAUCAUACCUGCAUGAAUAGGAAUAAAACCUGAUAUGUAGACUAUUUGAAUGCCAGUUGUUUAUUUGCGGCAUUUCUUUCUUCAACUUUUAUAAGCUAUAUUGGAGAAUUUAUAUCCUAUGCUAUCUAUACCCUAUACUUUCCAAACGGAGUUAUAGAUCAACUAACAGACAACGCCUGUGUAAACUAUACAAUUUGGUUUUGAUAACUCAUACAUCAUUCAGCUGUAAACGAAUAAACAAGCCAGCGAGCAGUCAUCUAGAGUUUUAACAAGCGGAAGUGCGCGCGCUGAUUCCCGCUGACGGAACAUAGGGUUACAAAAGGUCCAGGUGACAUCUAGAGCAUCUAAAAGCAAGCUUUUCUGAAGGUCAUGUCUAAUGAACACACACCCCUCCUCACCCAUGGGGUGUGUGGUCUGUCUGCAGACACAGCUGUGUGUGGCAUGGGGGGGUCAGAGGGCACUGGGGAGGCAAGCACUCCUAAUGUUGUCCCCCGAAAACUCAACACUUUCUUUGGGGUGAUUGUGCCCACUGUCCUCUCCAUGUUCAGCAUCGUCCUCUUCCUCAGAACCGGGUUUGUGGUUGGUCAUGCGGGGCUCUUGCAGGGCCUUGUGAUGCUGCUGGUUGCCUACACUAUUAUCUCCCUCACCAUCUUAUCCAUUUGUGCAAUUUCCACCAACGGUGCUGUGCAGGGAGGUGGAGCCUAUUUCAUGAUUAGUCGAUCGUUGGGGCCAGAGUUUGGAGGAAGCAUUGGCCUCAUGUUUUUCCUGGCCAAAGUCUGUGCGUGUGGAGUCUAUGUGCUUGGUCUAGUUGAGGCUCUACUUGACAUAUUUGGUCAGGAUGCAGCAUCGUCCUCUACGUUGCGGGUGCUUCCCCAGGGCUACUGGUACACAGUGCUGUAUGCUUCCAUAGUUCUCCUGCUAGUUCUGGUGGUGUGCCUGGUGGGCGCCCACAUCUUCGCUCGCACCUCCUGCUUCAUCCUUCUGGUGGUGACCAUCUCCUUGAUGUCCAUCUAUAUCAGCCCCCUGGCACUGACCACACCCCUGAACUUCCUCAUCACCCACCAGGGCCCUGGAAACCAGACCCUCACCUACAAUGCAAGCUACACAGGCUUUAAUGGCACCACUCUGAGGGACAACUUAGGCUCGGGCUACACUGUGGACUACAGCACCGGUAAAGUCAUGUCAUUCGCCACCGUUUUCGCUGUCAUGUUCACCAGCUGCACCGGAAUCAUGGCUGGAGCCAACAUGUCAGGAGAACUGAAGAAUCCCAGUGUCGCCAUUCCCAAAGGCACCAUUAUUGCAGUCCUCUACACCUUCAUGGUCUACGUUCUGCUCUUUGUCCUGGCCAGCUCCACCUGUGAAAGGACCCUGUUGGCUCAGGAUUACGGGUUCUUCCAGCGUAUAAACAUCUGGCCGCCAUUUGUCACCAUUGGUAUCUACUGUUCUGCUCUGUCAGCAGCCAUGUGCUCUUUGAUUGGUGCGUCCCGGAUCCUCCACGCCCUCGCGUUGGACCAACUUUUUGGUUUUCCAUUGGCCCCUGCUGCUAUCAAGUCAAAGUCGGGUAACCCAUGGGUGGCGGUGCUCUACACCUGGGGACUGGCACAGUGUGUGGUGUUUGCCGGCCAACUUAAUGCCAUAGCUGGCUUAGUCACAGUGUUCUACCUGUUGGCCUAUGCUGCUGUCGACCUUGCCUGUCUGGCUCUUGAGUGGGCAUCGGCCCCCAACUUCAGGCCCACAUUCCAGGUGUUCUCCUGGCACACAUGUCUGCUUGGCAUCCUGAGCUGUCUGGUGAUGAUGUUUGUCAUUAACCCUGUGUACUCCUCAGCCAGCAUCAUCGUCCUCCUCCUACUGUUGCUCUUUCUGCAUUACCGAUCGCCCACAAGCAGCUGGGGUUACAUCAGCCAGGCUCUCAUCUUCCAUCAGGUGCGUAAGUAUCUGUUGAUGCUGGAUGUGAGGAAGGACCAUGUGAAGUUCUGGAGGCCCCAGGUUUUGUUGAUGGUUGCCAACCCUCGUUCCUCGUGUCAACUCAUCAACUUUGUCAACCAGCUAAAGAAGGGAGGCCUGUUUGUGCUUGGACACGUGAAGCUGGGAGAUUUGGACACCCUGCCUUCAGACCCUGUUCAGCAGCAGUAUAACUUCUGGCUGAGUCUGGUGGACAAGCUGGGAGUGAAGGCUUUUGUGGACCUUACUCUGUCGCUCUCUGUCAGGCAGGGAACACAGCAUCUUCUGCGCAUCACCGGCCUAGGUGGCAUGAAGCCCAACACUCUGGUCUUGGGGUUCUAUGACAGUUGCACCCCUGAAGAUUACUUCCUCCAAGACCCAGCUUUCUGUGAGUCAAAAGGGUCUGGUGGGGACGAUUUUGGGGUAGAUCUGCCCUCUCUGCAAGCCCACUUUCCCCCAGUCCGCCAUGUGGAGAGCCCACGCUGGCUCACCCCAGAGGAAUAUGUGGGUAUCAUCUCAGAUGCCAUCAAGAUGAGUAAGAAUGUGUGUCUGGGCCGCUACUUCUUCCAGCUGCAGGGAGAGGGUAUUGGGACCAAGAUGGACGGGGCUGAUAGGACCAUUGACGUUUGGCCCCUCAAUCUUCUGCGGCCGUGUAGCACGUCUGCAGCAUCUGUAGAUGUGUGCAGCCUCUUCCUGCUACAGAUGGCGUGUGUUCUCAACAUGGCCAACAGAUGGCGCCAUGCCAGAAUGAGAAUAUUCCUGUGUGUGGAGGCGGAGUCCAGCGACCAGGGCUGGGUGGUUAAAGAGGAGACCUACCGGGAGCUGUUGAGAAAGCUGAGGAUAAGGGCCUCUAUCAAGAUAGUGCCUUGGGACUCUGUGGUGCAUCUCUACAGACCAAAACGGUCACAGGACCAAGAACUGGGGGAGCCUGAGGGCCUGACAAAGACUACACCAAACCUCUCAGAGGACUUCCUUUCUGCAGUCAAUAACCUGCUAAAGGAGAACAGCGCUCAAGCUGCUGUCCGCUUCCUGUAUUUGCCACGCCCCCCUACUCAAUCCAGCCAAUCACAACAAUACCUCAGUCAGCUAGAAGCUAUGACUUAUGGUUUAGGCCCAACCCUCUUGAUUCAUGGUCUCACCCCAGUCACCUGCACUGAGCUUUGAAUAUGUCACUGUGUUUAUGGGAUCAAUAGGUCAUGUAACUGACUCAGUCCUAAACAUUAUAAGAAGGGCAAUCUGUUACAAUUCUUAAAAUAUAACGUUAAAAAUAUUUUUUGUUAGAAAAUAAACACAGGCUCACUACACAAUAGAAUCUAUAACUAUAGCUCUGUUUCAUUGUCACAUUUUCACAUCUUAUCUAAUAUACACAAACAUUCACUUUCACUAAUGAACACAUUGGUCACAGAGUAAGUCCUUGUGGUACCUAGCUACCUUCUGUAAUGUAUUUGUAAUGUACUUUUUCAUACUUUAAUUUAAUGCAAUAUUUGUCUCAUUCCUUGGUAUUGGUUGUGUAAUAAUAUAAUACAGUAUAAUGUUGCUGAUAUACCUAAUAUAGCUAGAGUACUAUAGAUAUAGCGUACUCAAAGAAAAUACCCAUAUACUGAAAAUGACCCAGGCUGUUAUCAAAGUGACUCAGUGACACCGAAUGAAUGUUCAAUGGAAGUGGAUCCAAUAAUCUGGCAGAAUUGAAGAAACAUUUUGUUGAUACAGGUGUAUUACAAAUGUAUUUUCAUUGGCUCCUUUUCCCAGCGUAUUACUCCUCACAUUGACCCAGUUUAGGAAAGCUAUCAUAUCGGUGUCCUGUGUUGCUCUGUUGGUAGAGCAUGCUGUUUGUAACCCAAAGGUUGUGGGUUUGAUUGGACACUCAUCAGUCAGGCUUGAAUCUUAUUCCAGACUACCAUGUGGUCCACAAAUUCUUGAGUCUGCUGUGAAUUAGAUGGGUACCUAAUACUUGACUACAUUGUAAAAGCAGCAAGCUAUCAACAGGCAGAUUAAAUAUGGAUUUCAAAGUUAUUGUCUAACUUUGAAGGUAUAAGUCUUACGCUAAUGGUCUUACCAUUCAUCAGUUACUUGGAAAAUGCUUUUUAAUGUUGAUGCUGUUCUGCAAUGCUUUUCUCAUGUACAGACAAUGGUGGAAACAGAACAUCAUGGAGUUACUGCAAGAUUGUUUUUUAAAUCAUAAGCUAUUUCAAUGUACUAAAUACACAUUUUUUGAUUGUCUUUGGCACUAUGUGAUAGCUUUUACAUUUAACAAGACUAGUGGGACUUCGUGCUUAAGCAUCCUAGAAUCCAAGUUCUCAGGUUAUGCCCCAAACUGUUCUGUGGUCUGUGGACUGAUCUGCGCAUGCCAGGUUGUCUGCUACCUAGUUUUGCAAGACUCCACCAAACUCAAUAAAACAUACAAUUAUUACAUAAAGCAUUCUUGGUUCAAGAGUAAGAAUCAACAAUCUGCACAUGGAGAAGUAGUAACUAUAACAUAUUUAAGGAAUUUGUGAAUGAGUUAGGAAAAACUGUAUUUUUACUGUAUUAACAAUCCAAAUCAACCAUAAAAUACAUUUAAGA